UGUUUUCUUUAUAGGGUUUGUCUGCUUUGGAGGAGAGAGAAAGAGAGAGAGAGCCUCUCAGUUUGGUUUGGUCACACACUGGUUGAGAAACAAGAUUACAAGAAAAAAAACUGCCCCUUUUCUUUUACCCUUUCUUCUGUUCCCAAUUUAUCUUCAUCCCCUCCUUCAUCAACUUGAACAACAGAGAAAUCAAAGUCUUACCCAAAGUCCCAGUUGCUAUGCAAGUUUGAUUCAUUUUUUAUGGAUCUGCAGAUCUAAUUUAAUUCAUACUAGUAUUGUUCAACUUUGCUUUGUUUUAGAUCUUUGCAGUUUACUUUUCCCAGUUGAUCAGAAUCUCAACUUUCUGCCUAGUCAAACUUGAAUUAAACUGGUGACUUGCAUCCAUUUCGGAUGUGGCAGAAUUGAAGGUUGACCUAGGUGAAAUGAGGGAUGUUAUCGAGGUUGAUAUCAUUCCUGAAGGCCUGUUGGCGGCCGUCUUCAGACCGUUAUUCUCACUCAGGUUCUGAUACAGCAGGACGGCAAGAGGGGCUUCUUUGGUAUAAGGAUACUGGGAAGCAUAUAAAUGGUGAUUUCUCCAUGGCUGUUGUUCAGGCGAAUAAUUUGCUCGAGGAUCAAAGUCAGAUAGAGUCAGGUUGUUUGAGUUUGCUUGAUUCUGGCCCUUAUGGAACAUUCCUUGGGAUCUAUGAUGGCCAUGGCGGACCUGAGACAUCACGUUAUAUUAACGACCAUCUCUUUUACCACCUUAAAAGAUUUUCUGCUGAGCAACAGUCAAUGUCAGUUGAUGUGAUAAAGAAAGCAUUCCAAGCAACUGAGGAUGGAUUCUUCUCCAUUGUUGCCAAACAAUGGCCCAUGAAGCCCCAGAUUGCAGCUGUUGGGUCUUGCUGUCUGGUUGGUGUGGUUUGUAAUGGCAUCCUUUAUAUUGCUAACUGUGGGGAUUCUCGCGCUGUGCUUGGAAGGGCUGUCCAGGCAACCGGUGAGGUUCUUGCAAUCCAGUUGUCUGCAGAACACAAUGUUAGUAUUGAAUCUGUGAGACAAGAGAUGCAUUCCAUGCAUCCAGAAGACUCAAAUAUCGUAGUGCUGAAGCAUAAUGUAUGGCGAGUAAAAGGCUUGAUACAAGUUUCUAGAUCUAUUGGUGAUGUAUAUCUUAAAAAAACAGAGUACAACAGGGAGCCUUUAUAUUCUAAAUUUCGCCUCCGUGAACCUUUCAAGAAGCCAAUUCUGAGUUCUGAUCCAACGAUUUCUGUGCAUGAGCUUCAGCCACAUGACCAGUUUGUUAUAUUUGCCUCUGAUGGUCUCUGGGAGCACCUUACCAAUCAAGAAGCAGUUGAUAUUGUCCAGAAGAAUCCACACAAUGGAAGUGCUAAAAGACUGGUAAAAACAGCGUUGCAAGAAGCAGCUAAGAAACGAGAGAUGAGAUACUCUGAUUUGAAAAAGAUAGAACGUGGGGUACGCCGGCAUUUCCACGAUGAUAUCACUGUGAUUGUUAUAUACUUGGAUUCUAAUCUAAUAUCCAGAGCCAGCUCAAGCUCAGUAAGGGGUCCCACUUUGUCACUGAGAGGUGGCGGUAUCACCCUGCCUGCAAAAACUCUUGCUCCUUGUGCCACGCCCAUGGAAGUUGGUAACAGCUGAUAAAAGGUUUCCUCCCCCCCCCCCCCCCCCCCCCCCCCCCUCCCCCUUUUUUUUUUCCUCUCACGUUAUCAUCUCUGUUGUAUCUAAUCCCCCAAAACCCUUUUUCCAGACUUCUGUUCAGGUGAUACAGUAUUUAGAAAGAUAAAAGGGAAGGUUCUGAUCUUUUAUUUUUAUUUUUUAAGUUAAAAUUUUAAAAUUCUUUAAUGUAAAAUGUAACACUUAACUUUGGAAUAGCAUGUUAAAUGAUUUGGUGAGCAGAAUGAAAAAGAAAGAAUCUGCAAGGCAGCUCGAAAAGGUGACAAGUAAGAUUCA